AUGGGUGGAUCAAUGAAGGCUUCGCAAUCCAAGAAGGUGGUCUGGCCCUCGAGGUGUGAGGCUUCGAAGCACAUGGACGAGGCUCAGGUGGCUGAUACAUUAGAAGGUGCAGAUCCAUCUAGUGUGGCUAAUAAAGUUGCAGUUAAGCCUGAAGAACCUGCUACAGAGUUGACAAAAGAAAAUGAAUCUUCCCAAGAGCAAAUUCAAGCGCAAGAUGGCCUUGAUGAUGCCUUGAAAAGGCGGCUGCAACAGCUGAUUGACUCUAAUCGAGUCAUGCUUUUCAUGAAAGGAACCCCUGAGGAUCCCAAAUGUGAAUUUAGCAAAAUGGCUGUUAACAUGUUGAAGAGACAUGAGGUUGAAUUUGGAAGUUUUGAUCUUCUUACGGACAAUGAAGUCAUGGAGGGGAUACAAAAGUAUUCUAACUGGCCACUAUUACCACAUAUCUACUUUGAAGGGAGGGCUCGUGGUUUUCGUCACAUAGGAACUCUAAUGAAAGAUGAUGGUGAAGAACCCGUCAACAAAGAAGUUGUAGCAAUAUCAGAAAACUGCAGCCUGCUUACUUACCAACAUUACUGGAUAACCAGCAAGGACAUCGUGAUGCCUAACAGGGUCAUUUAUGGAGCAGUUGAGGUAAAGGAGGGGAAGAUUGCCUCCAUUGUUAAAGAAGAAGAAAAGCAUGGAAAAGCCAAGUUGGAGAAUUUAAUUGAUUAUGGAGAAGCUGUUGUCAUGCCUGGCAUGCACAUCUUGAUGAUUCUGGAAGAGCUGAAUGGAAAGGAUUUCCAUCAAGGUGGGAUUACUACAUUGGUUGACAUGCCUCUAAAUAGUGAUCCAUCAACUGUUUCUAGAGAGACUUUGGAGCUCAAGAUUAAGGCCGCAGAGAGCAGAAUUUACAUUGAUGUUGGUUUCUGGGGAGGUCUUGUUCCUGAAAACACAUUCAAUGCGUCUGCUCUUGAGGAUCUGUUAAAUGCCGGUGUUCUUGGUUUGAAGGAUGAAUAG